AUGGAAGCCGCCAUUGAGCUGACCACCAGUAUACUGGACCGAUCCCCGCAGCUCUGGCACAGAUACUACGUGGCCCUGUACCACGGCAAGCUGGCGGGAGCGAUGGUCAUCAAGUUCCAUGACGACAAAGAGACGGAGGAUUUCCGAUGCUGCGAGUCCUUGUCACAUGUUGGCUGUGGGGGCACUUUUGGGCUUGUGUGUAUGGGGUAUGCCCUGAUGAACACCAACAUCGGCGCGACCCAGUGCUAUGUGGACACGGUGGGGGUGGACGCGGAGUUCCGCGGGAAGGGCAUCGGCAAGGCGCUGAUGGAGAGGGCAGAUGUGGAGGCAAGGCAGCGCGGAUGCAAGUCGGUGUUCCUGUGGGUAACGCAGAAUAACCGGGCUGUCCGUCUGUACGAGCGUCAUGGGUACGUCAUCACCCAUAGUUUUGGCGGCUGGUUCACGGGGUGGGCGUCGGGAUGCAAAGACUGGUACAACAUGGAGAAGAACCUGUAGUGCCAGAGACAUGCAACAACUCCUCAUGCGCCACUGAUUUGGUUUUCUUUUACAACAUUGAAGAGAUGUCUUCAUGUUCAUCUACACGUCUCAGUGCCACUUGAUGUUUUCCUAAAAACAUUGUCUUGUAUCUCUAUGAUAAAAUAAAAGUGUAUUUUGUUAUGCUGAAGAGGGCCUAUCGUUCUCAACAUGGUUUGGACAGGCCGUGUAUAGUGUGUACAAAAUGUUCUUUUUAUUUUCCAUGGAGAAUUUGGCACAUUU